UGGAAAUAACAGUAUAUCCAGAAGAAAGCAUGACUGGUGGUAAAGAGUGCAAUACCCAAGUAAGCCUUUAUGUCAAGUGCUCUGAAAAAUAUCCCAAUUCUCCACCUUAUAUUGAUUUUAGGAAUUCCAAAGGCAUUUCUAAUCAAGAUUUAUCGUGCUUAAAAUCAGAACUACUAAGUAAAUCAAAUGAACUAGUUGGAAGAGAAGUUAUUUUAGAACUUGUUUAUCAUACAAGAUCAUUCCUUUAUUCUCAUAAAAAGCCUCAUUAUAAUUCGUUUUUUGAUGAAAUGGUGUGUAACAAUUUGAGAAAAGAACGGGAAGAAGCAGAGCGUUUGAAAAAACAAAAACAAGAACAAGAAACUCUAGAGUAUCAGAAGCUUUUAGCUAUUGAGCAAGAAAAGCAGCGUAAGAUGGAAGCUUUGAAAGAUGCUAACAAGAGAACAAGGUUUGCAGAUGAAAUUGUUGGUGGAGGUUUCUCCAUGGGAGAUUACAGAGCACGAAAAAAUUCUGUCUCUCGUCAGAGGAGUCGGAGUACAUCCAUUGGAAAAGACAUCUGCUGUAGUGAAAAUGAACUACAAGUAGAAUGCAAAGAAAUACUGAAUACCAAACUUAAAUUUGUAGGGAGAAAGGAAUUUGCUAUCACCUGUGGACGUUGUUUAGGACAUAAUGAAAAAGGAUGUGUUACUUAUCUUGGAUUGGAUACAGCAAAUGGUACUUUUGUAUGCAUAAUCAAGUGGACAUUAAAUUUUAAUGCAAGUCAUAAACUAAAAGGGGAAGAAUGGGAUGCUCUUCAAAAGGAACAAAGCAGUUAUUUAAAACAAAUUGCUGCAAUUGAGCAGGAGUUCAAAUCUUUAAGACAAGUCAGUUAUAAACAUCUUGUGCAUUACUUGGGAAUGAAUUAUAUUUCUAAAAAAGACAAAAUUGUUAUUUAUGUGCUGCAGGAAUAUGUUUCAGGUUGUACUAUUUCCCAUAUGUCUAAUGUUUGUCGCCUCACCAUCCCACAAGUGCAGCAUUACACUCGAGAAAUUCUUGAAGCUUUGAGGUAUUUACAUGAUAAUUCUAUUGUUCAUAAAAAUUUACGAGUUUCUAGUUUGUUUAUAGACUGUAAAGGACUUAUAAGGUUGUCAGAUUAUAGUUUGGAUAAGAGAUUAUAUGAUCUGUAUAGGACACUAACAAAAGAACAAGAAAUAGACAAAUAUCCACCAACCAUAGGAAAAGGAGGGAAGAAAAGUGACAUUUAUCGACUGGGUGUGGUCUUGCUGUCUCUUAUUGAUGAAUCUCCAUUGAAAAUGUUACCUGUGAAUAUUCCAGAUUACAUCAAUCCAACUUUUAAGGACUUCCUGAAUAAAUGCUUAUUACAUGAUGAACAUGAGCGUUGGUCUGCAGAACAAUUAUUAUCACAUCCUUUCUUAGCAUUCCCGUCUGCACAUGUUAUGUUACCUAAAGAAAUUGAAAUCAAGGAUGAAGAUGAUGAUGAAAAUUCUAUAAACUCAUUAUUGAAUGAUGAAGCCAUUCAAGGAUCACGAUUGCAUAAUGAGUUUGAUAUUUUAAAGAUUUUGGGUAAAGGUGGAUUUGGGCAUGUGUGGAAAGUGAAAAACAAACUAGACUCUCGAAUCUAUGCACUUAAAAGAAUCCCUUUAAAUCCUUCAAAUAAGCAGUUAAAUCGUAAAAUCAAACGAGAAGUGAAACUUCUCUCGAGAUUAAAUCAUGAAAAUAUUGUUAGGUAUUAUAAUUCAUGGAUAGAAGCAACACCAGAAAUGGAUCAUAUGCAUCAAAAUAAUGAAAGCUUUAACCCUGGAGACAGUGUAAAAAAAACUGAGUCAUUUGGUAAAACCAGCUCAUCUGUUCAGUGGGACAUUCAUGAUAAGGCUGUGUCUUCUUCAGAAGAGGAUGAGUGUGAUGAUGAAGAUGAAGAUGAUGAUGAUUUCAUAGUUUUCAUGUCAGAAAAUUCUAAGAAUAAUAAGCAAAAUAGUGAAAAAAUAAUAAAUAUGGAUGAGAGUUCUACUGUUGAGAAUUCUACUUUAGAAUCAGAACAUGGCCAUUCAACAUGCCGAGUGAGGCAGUAUAUGUACAUUCAAAUGGAAUUUUGUGAGAAAAGUACUCUUCGAACUGCUAUUGAUAAUGGUUUGCAUAAGGAUGUUUCCUUGGUAUGGCGUUUGUUUCGUGAAAUUGUAGAAGGUUUGCAUCACAUACAUCAACAAGGUGUCAUUCAUAGGGAUCUAAAGCCUGUUAAUAUUUUUUUGGAUUCAAAAGAUCAUGUGAAAAUUGGGGAUUUUGGGCUAGCUACUGAUGUUAUUUCAAAGCCUAUUGCCAGUGAUGUACCCUCUAUUGACCAGGACAAUCCUUCUCGCUCUGAAGCAGAUGAUGGAACUCAGACAGGGAAAGUGGGUACUACAUUCUAUGUGGCUCCUGAGCUUGCAUCUUCUUUUAAAGUGAGUUACAGUCAAAAAGUUGACAUUUACAGUCUUGGCAUAAUUUUUUUUGAAAUGUGCUAUCCGCCUCCAGUGACGAAUAUGGAAAGAAACAUAAUAAUUUCAAAUUUGCGGCAUCGAGAUAUAAUUUUCCCUUCUCAAGCUGAUGAAAUCCUAACUGAUGAAAUGCGACAAAUAAUUGCUUGGCUUUUACAGCAUGAUGUUACAAAGCGACCAAGCUCUAAUGAAUUAAUAACUUCAAAAUAUAUUCCACCCUUGUUAAUGGAAGAAACUGAAUUAAAUAGUUUACUGCAUACUACUGUUUCAAAUCCCCAGAGCAGGAUGUACAAACAUAUGAUCAGUGCUUUAUUUGAUCAAGAAGUUUCAACGGAAUUUGAUUUUACUUAUGAUGUAGAUGUUUUUAGAAGCCAAAGUUUAAAAAGUAAACCUUCUCAAAUUUUCAGUAAUGUUGCUGAUUUGCUACAUAAAAUAAUGAGAAUUCAUGCUGCAGUUUCAUUUUCAGUACCAACACUCAUGCCUAAGUGUUCAGCUAUUGAAAAUGAAAACUCUGUUCAUAUAAUGGAGCAUGGUGGUGGAAUUGUGAUGUUGCCAUUUAAUUUGAGGAUUCCAUUUGCACGUUACAUUGCCAGAAGAGAAAUUGAUCAUUUAAAACGUUUUUCUCUAGAAAAAGUUUUCAGGCAGCAGAAAGUUUUUGGCUGUCAUCCCCGAGAACAGUACGAAUUUGCUUUUGAUAUUGUCUCUCCUACUCCUGAUUCCUUUAUGCCAGAUGCUGAAAUUCUGGCUGCCGUUUCAGAAAUAAUUUGUGAAUUUUCAUCUUUAGAAACAAGAAAUUACUACAUUCGUUUAAAUCAUGCAUUGUUAUUAAAAUCCCUCUUUAUGUAUGCAGAAGUUGAUGAAACACUAGAAACUGAAAUAUGUAAACUGGCUGGUGAGCAAAAGAAUAAGACUGUUACUAAAGCUUUAUUGUCUGAUGAACAAUGCAACUUUGAAAUUAGUCAACGGUCAGUCAGUAGGUUAAGUCAGUUUAUUGAACUGGAAGAAAGUAUAGAUAAAAUAUCCACUUAUUUACAUCCUGUGACACAAAAGAAAGGAAGAGCAUGUCUUUUAGCUAAAAGUAGUCUUAAAGAAUUAAAUAAUAUUGUUUCCUUAGCUCAGGCUUUGGGGGUGAAAUUGCCGAUUGUCAUAUGUCCUGGAUUAGCUCAUAAUAUUACUCUAUUUUCAGGAAUGAUAUUUCAGUGUGUGUGCAAAUUAAAAGCUUCCAAAAAGAAAAAUAAUCUGGAUAUUUUAGCUGCUGGUGGAAGAUAUGAUAAAUUAAUCCAAUCAUUUAAAUUGAAAACUUUAUCAGAAAGUGGAAAGUCAUCGAACCAGUCAGGAGUAGGUGUUAGCAUAGCUAUUGAAAGCAUAGUUGCUGCUGAAGUGGAAGCCAACGAAUCUCAAGAAUCAGGGGUGGCAGACUUUCUUAUUCAUUCUGAAGAUGCUGGUAUUUCUUCAGAGAAAGCAGCUUUAAUGAAAGAAUUAUGGAACUUAGGUAUCAGAACAACAGUUUUGUACGAUAAAAAUAUGACUUUGAAUGAUGCUGCAGACUUUUGCAGAAGUCAUGGAAUUCAGCACAUUUUAGUUUUACGAAAAGAAGAGCCAGGAAUCAUUAAAAUCCGUUCCAUUGAGAAAGACAGAGUCUAUGAGAAAAAGAUUAUCCAUUCUGAAGUAAAAGAUAAUCUACCUAAAUUAUGUCCCAAGCUUUUCACUGAAAACUGCCAGACAAAAGUUGAUAAUACUCGCAAUUUUUCUUUGGCAAAUUCUUCUUCUAAUUCUGUGUCAAUGAAUGUGCAUUUCUUGCCCCAAGAUAAAACACACAGUAAUCGCAAGCGAGAGCAAAAUAUUAGAACACAUGUCAUAUCUACCUUACAAGUCUCCUCUAGUCGAUCAUGGGAAUUGAUCCCAGUUGAUUUAAAAAUGCCAGUUAUUGGAACUAUAAUAUCUCAGUGCGAUAUUUCUGCAAGUGUUGACACAAUCCAAAGGAGUUUUGAUGAUAUUAUUGAUGAAUUUACAAAAUAUAAAAAGUAUCUUUCACAAUUAUGUGAAGAAAUCUGUGAUAUAAGAACCAAAAAAACAAAUUGUGCUAUUGUUUUAUAUAGUCUCCCAGACAAUAAUUUCAGGGUCUUGCUUUAACUUUUUUGACCUAAUUUUGUGUUUAAGAAAAGUACAAUUUUACAUGUAUAUAUAUAGAUAUAUAUUUUCAUCUUUAUUUUUUAUACAUUUCAGAUUCAAAAUGUAUUUUUCAUACAUAAAUGACCUAGUAUUGAUUGUUUUUACUCUACUAGGUUAAUACUUCAUUUUAAAUUCAUAUCUUGUUCUCACAUUGAAACUGCGAUAAUUUGAAACUUGAGAAUUAUUGGCAUCAUUAUAAUGUUUUAAUGUAUAGUAUUUUCAGAUUGACCACCAGUGGUCUAUUUGGUUCAGAGCCAAUUUUUAUGUGUUGUAAUCAUAUAGACAACUGCUGACACUUUUCUUUGGUUGUAUAUAAUUAAGUUUAUUUAUUUAUUAUUUUAAUCUUUGACUUUUCCAUCUCUCCCCCUCCCCCACCCUCAUCAUGACUAAAGAUAUAUUUGGGUCAGUUGUGAUUAAUAGCAAAUGUAUGUAAGCAUGAAUCAUGAUUUUAAAAUAUAUCGAAAGCAUUGUUUUGAAGAUUACUUCAAAAUAAUGCUCUUAAAUACAUUUACAGGCAUUUUUAUUGUCAUCUUCAGUGUUAUUUGCCUAAUGAUAGGCAUGAUUCACAUUUCAUUUUCAUUUUCCUCAAGUGUUAGCCUUGUAGUACUUGGAAUAAAUUAAUAAACUAUUAAUUUAUUUUAACUGUGUAUUAAUUAUAUUUUACAGAAAUAAUUUAGAUAUUCCUCUUUCCUUGACUUUGUUGUUCAAAACUUUUUAGCAUAACUCAAUAUAAAUACUUUCCUUCAUAUGACGGGUUCUUUGCUCAAAACAUUUUUGAUCCAGAUGGUUCCCCAAAACAGUAUCUUUUGGAUUCUUCUGCAGCAGAUAUAUCACAACAUAUGUAUGUAUCAGAAAUGCUGUGGAUAUCUUGCAAACGUGUAUUAUCUAGCAUAUCUGGAUAAUACAUAUUUGUUUAAUAUUUAUAUAGAUGCUGAAGAUUUGCCAAUAGUCAGAUAUGAAUAAGAGGUCAAAUGUAUGGCUAAUUAAAUAUAUAUGAAAAAGAAAAUUCCUUUCUGUAUUUCUCCCCCCCCCUUUUCUUUCUUUCUUUUUCUUUAAGUUAACAUUGUUGAUUUUAUGAAGUAACAAUGUUUCAAAACUUCUUUGGUCUGGACGUAUAAAUAUUUUUUAUAGUUUCAAAAUUGGUAAAAAAUAAUAUUUCGUGAGCCUUUUUUCUCAAAAUACACCUGCACUUCUUUUUAUAAGGAAUGCAUUUUUUUAAAAAAGCUCACUCUAUAUGUGUUACUAACUAGUGAAGAAGGAUACUCCUUAACCAUCCAAAAGAAGUUGUGACAAAAGACUAAACAGCUCCAAGAGAAGAUUCUAUACUUUUUAGAACAUAUUCUAGUAUAUUCUGCAUUUUUUCCAUUUAUUUUUACUGCAAUAUGCAAACAUUUAACUACUAAUACACUCAACAUAUUGCAAAAACUGUUGCUCAAUGAUUUCAACAUUAUUUUAUAUACAAUCUGGCUAAAAUAAAUUCCACAUUCAGUGGCUAGAUAGUCGAAUACUUGAUCAAGCUGGAUGUUUAAUAUGUAAUAUCCUGAUGACCUAGGUAUUUCUUUUACCACUCACCCAAAGUGCCAAGAAAAGUUUGCUGCCAUGCCAAAAACCUUUUGACCAACAGUGUAGGAAUCUUUCUGGUGUCACAAAUGUAACUUAUGAUACAGUGAACCCACUGCCAGUACAAAAGCCUUUCUUCCUCUGGCAAAUUUUUCGUUUCUUGGAAGAAUGCAAUAGCUUAGCAUGAUUUUCAUGUGAUGGUAAGUUGAGAAGUUGAAUUUGGAAGGGUGGGAUUUUAUGGAAAAAAAAAAAAUGGUACUUAUUGGUUAUAGGGACUAUAUGUUGACGAAUUCUUUUCUGAGUUAUCGGCAACACGAACAUUGGUGAUAUUUUCCGAUAUAAUUCCAUAUAUUCAAUUCAUUCAAAACAUAUUUGAAGUAUAAUGUGUUUAAUAAGUUUUACUUAAACAAAAGUGUUGUGAUCUGUUACUAGGAAUAACAACAGAUAUUCGAUACAAACUUUAUAAUCAAAAUUUAAAUUAUAAUGGUAAUGGAUAAACAUUACUUACAAACAAAUUAUUGUUCCAUCAAAAUUUGUGGCCACCUUAACUCAGCUAUUGCAGAUAAAAGUUCACAAAAUUUAUCACUAAGGGCUACACACUGCCACACAAAUUCUGCAAGAUAAGAGUCCAAUUGAUGUCUCGCAGUUCCUCUAUGCUUCUUAUUCCACCAUUUCACAGAUCCCCACAGCCUUUCUAUGGUUGCGUAUGCGCUCCAGUUUCCGGAUCUGUGAAGUUAAACUGAUGGUUCACUUUCAAAAUGAUCAAAGCCACCUUUUUCUAAUUCUCCAGUUUUGUAGCCACAACAGGACUCUGAAAAUAUCUUUGAGCCAUCCUCCGUAUGUGCAGUAAUUUCUUGGAAAAGCAUACUUGCUUUCCGAUUGGACACUGCUAUGAGAAGGCAUUUCUUCGUUUCCCAGGAAAUGCCACCAAACACCCAUUGCUCGGGUAGUAAUCAGCUACAAUUACAUUUCCGUUUUGAGAACAGACUUCAAUUACCUUUUCCUCCGAUCUUCUUCAUCAGUCACUUCUGCAAGUAUUGGAAGCAAAUUUCCCUCAUAUAAUUGUUCCAUUCUACAGAACUUUCUGGGCUGAAAUCCAUCUGACAUUAUCACAACAACAGAGAAAUAAGUUCCUCAGCCCAACAGUAAUUAAAGUGUAAGGCUUCUGUAAAUGGAAUCCUCGAUCCCCCACACCAUUCUUAAUAUGAAAACUGACAAUGUUACACUUCCAGUGGCACUUCUUAGUUACUUGUAACCACAUUGCAUGACUGUUUGGGCAAAAAUGAUUUUGUAGUAAAAUGUUUUCAUCUUAGAAGAAACAUAUAACAUCUUCUUCCUGAGCAAAUUCCAGAUUUUCAUCAUUGUCGCAAAAUAGCAGCAAAGCCUAAAUAAUGAAUAAAAUGGCACUAAAUUUGAACAAACUGCUAUUAAUAAGUUGCCAAUUUUUUAAUAUAAGCACCACCUGCAUAACCAGAAUCUGGCACUGUUUCUAUGUGUGGCUGAACUUGGUUUCAUGGUCCCUAUAACUGAUAAAUAACAAAAAAAAUCACAGUUUUUAUUAUUUUGUUUUGCUUAUGGUAUUGCUGUAUCAUUUUGUGGUGAAUGUCGCAGAACUUAAUCUUGAAAUUGACGAGUACUCUGACUUGAUAUUGAUUGAAUCAUUAUAUAUAUUAUAUGUUUUAAAUUUAACAAACAUUCUCUGUUCAUAAAAAGCAAAUUUAAAGUUAAUUAAAUUUUAAAUAAUGAAAUUUAAAAUUUAAUUUAACUUAACUAUUUAUUAUUUUGAAACAAUUAUAUGUUUUAAAGUUAGUUAAAAUGUAAAUUUAUUUUUGUAUAAAAAUGCAGGAAACAAUAAAGCACAAAUGUGCACAUAAAUCUUCAUUAUUUUAAGGUACAUUUCUCUUAUCUGUAGAAAAGAAAACAAGGAGAUAAAGAGACACAUCAGGCCGUGAUACUGAUUCUACUGCAUAUUAGGCAGUGAUACUGAUUUAGUUCUUAAAAAGACAAAAAAUGUAAUAAGCAAUUAAAUUUUGUAUGUUUGCUGAAAAGAAAAAAAGUAAAAGAAUGAAUUACAAUAUCAGAAAUAAAAUGCUAAAAAAAUUUACUGAAUUUAAUUGUAGAUUCAUUUUGAAGCAGCUCAAAAAUUAAAUUACUUUAGUUUAAUAGAAGUCAUUAUAUAUUAGAUUCUAUCUGUUUUGUUCUGAAUUUUUUGCAAACAAAGAAUUACAAAUUAAUGUUUUUGGUAGUUUUCAUUAGCAUAUAUAUCAUCACAUUUCCAUUAUGUGUGUGUUUUUUUUAAUAGCAUUACAUCUUUUCCUAAUUAUAUUUUUCUGCCUACUACUUCUAGUGGUAAUUAAAAUUGUUUUUAUAGGGAUCAUGUUCCAUCUGAACUGCAAUUACUUUCUUUGUCCUUUCUGGUGCUAAUUUUAUUUUAUUUAUUUUUUUUUACAAAUAUAUUUAUAUCUAUUAUAUAUUACAAAUAUAUACAAAUUAUUGUAACUUGCGAGCAUUGGUGGUCAUUUUGAAAUAAAAAUUUUAUUAUGUAAAAUGAAAAAAGAUUGUUCCAGGUGCAUUAAUUAGUUUAUUAUCUUAUUUAUAUGUUAUAUAUAGCUGUUCUUUGUUUUAUGUGAUUAAUAAAUUCUUCUCAUACAUAUAUACAUAUUAUUUUCAUAUACCAGAAUCACAUUAAAUAAAUAAAAGAAUUAGUAUACAAAAUCAAAUGUAUGUUAGAUUAAGGGGUCAUUUGUGUGUCCAUGCCUGAAUUUUCAGUAUUAUUUGAGAAGUCAAACUUUAAUCUUAAAUUUCAAAUGAACUUACGUUGUGCCAUUUUGAUUUUAUAUUUCUCUUUUGAACAGCUGUUUUUUAUAUGAAAUGUUAGUCUGUUCUUCCCAUUUCUUUUUUAUCUGCCGCCCACCAGCGGCCGAGCGGUAAAGUCGCUGAACACUGGUAGUUCGGUCCGUGGUUCGAAUCCCGCGAACGGGCUGGCUGCAUGGGUGUUUUCGUGGUUUUCCCCAUGUGUAACGUGUAUACG